AUGGGGGGUAAAGCUCCCGCUGCUAUUAUGACCGACCAGGAUGCGGCUAUGAGGAAGGCAAUUAGAAUAGCAAUGCCAAUGCCUAAAACCAGACAUCGUUGGUGUAUGUGGCAUAUUAUGCAGAAGUUCAGCCGAAAAUUGGGUUCGAUGACUGAUUUUCCCCAAAUAAAAGUUGCCCUACAGAAUGUCAUAUACAACAGUUUGACCCCUGUUGAAUUCGAAGAAGGUUGGGCUGAAGUGGUGGAAACUUUCAAGCUGAAGGAGGCUAAGGAAAGCUACAAGUGGCUAGUAGGGUUGUAUAAUCAGCGAGAAAUGUGGAUAUCUGCAUAUGUGAAGCAUAUUUUUUGGGCGGGGAUGCAGACGACUCAGAGGGUUGAGAGUAUUAACAGUUUCUUCGACGGGUACUUGAAGAAGAAUACGAGAUUAUAUCAGUUUGCUCCUAGGUACUGCAAGGCCAUGGAAAGUAGGGCCAAUGAUGAAAAAGCUGCUGAUGUGAACUGCUGUCGUUUUACUCGGUCUUGGUUGGAGAUUUCUGAUGUGGAGGUUGAGCAUACGGUGUCUGACAAAGUAUGGGUAUGGUCCAAGUUCUUGAGAAAGGAAAUAUCUUUGGCAGGCCGGAAGCGUAUAUACGUCGUGAUGUUCAACAAGGAGACCUCGUUUGUAAAGUGUGACCGCAAAGAUUUCGAGUGCCACGGCAUUAUGUGUAGGCACAUCAUUAAGGUGUUGGACGUGGAGGAUGUGGAAAAUGUGCCUGCUGGAUAUAUAGUUGACCGAUGGAGGAAAGAUAUACAACGCAAGCACACUUUUGUGAAGGUUGCUUAUCAUGAUCUCGAGAAAUCAGAAGAAGUUAAGCGCUAUGACCGGAUUAUGAAUGCGGUGGAACCUGCUGCCCUCCGUGGAUCACUUUCCGAGCAGAAGUUGGAUUUGGUCAUAGAAGGUAUUAUGAAUAUUGUGUUACGUCUUGAUGAGAGUGAUGCUCUUUCAGCAGUUGGUGAUAACGAAGCUGGUGCACUGACUUCCGGGGGGAACAGGAUGGCGAUUGUGAGAAUAAAAACCCCGCAAGGAAGCAAGUCUGGAAAAACAAGAGUGUUGUACCACAAGACUUUCCAGAAACCAGCAAUUGUCAGAACACUUGCCUUCCUCAACACAACUACGUGUAGCCGCCAAACACCUUCCAUCCUGGGGUAUAGUGCUGAUUACCCGCCUCAAAUGGCUGGGCAAGUAAGGGGGACUAUGGUAUACCCUCAGCAGAACUACAACAAUGGGGUAUCUGAUCAACAGUUUCAGUCAUCUGGAAGAGUAAGUGGAGUUGUUGCCACAAAUUUGUUUCCCUCAGGACAGACAGAAAUUCGCAUGUCUAUGGGUGGGAUUCGUAUGACCCCGGAGGGUGGUGACGUACUUUUGUCCCAAGACCGUUGUGGUAUAUCAAUGUCACAAAACAUAUCUGGUGGUCCAAUUUCCCAAAACAUAUCCGGUUUACACAUGUCCCAGAACAUUAAUGGUGUGCAAAUGUCGCAAAACUUGAGUGUAGUGCAAAUAUCUCAGAUGUCGCAAAUGUCCCAGAAUGCUGGUUCCAUUCGUUACUUCACCAGUAACAGCAGCAGCAGAGGUGGAAAUUAUCAAGAGGCCGGGACUCAUUGUAUGCCUGCAAAUCAUAACCAGCACCGGCAUAGUUUCCAGGUUGUGAACGAAACCCCCCAUGGGGAUCACCGUAGUUAUCAACCAACUACUAAACACUUGUUGCAGUCCAAUCCGGGUUUUUUAGUCAAUGAGGGUGGGUGUGGAACGCAUUCUAUACAUGGCGCCAGUGGUAAUCCAGUAUUCACUCAAGACCUGCUCGGUUGUCAUGACCUUACGAAGAAUUAG